AGUGACCGCUCGGAUCUUUCCAUACCCUUAACCUCCGUCGCUAAGCCAGGAUGGCUCUCCAGUCUGCCACGGAGAGCUUCUCCAGAGUGAUCCACGGCCUGACAACCAGGCACCUGACGGAGCGGCUUCUUCACAGGAGCAAACGGAUGAUUCUCGACACCCUGGGCGUCGGACUGAUAGGCACCGGCACGGAGGUCUUCCACAAGGUCACCCAAUACAGCAAAAUCUUCAGCUCCAAUGCAACCAGCACUGUCUGGGGCCAUUCCGAUUUCAGACUCCCGCCGGCGUACGCCGCUUUUGUGAACGGAGUGGCAGUCCACUCGAUGGAUUUUGAUGACACCUGGCAUCCAGCCACUCACCCGUCGGGAGCCGUGCUCCCGGUCCUCAUCGCCUUGUCGGAAGCCCUGCCGCAGAAGCCUAAAAUAUCCGGGCUCGACCUGCUUUUGGCUUUCAACGUCGGGAUCGAGGUGCAAGGCCGACUGAUGCGCUUUUCCAAUGAGGCCAGCGACAUUCCAAAGAGAUUCCACCCGCCGGCGGUGGUGGGCACCCUGGGGAGCGCCGCGGCGGCCGCCAAGCUCCUGGGGCUCGAGCCGGCCGAGUGCCGGGAGGCCCUGGCCAUCGCCGCCUCCUACGCGGGGGCGCCCAUGGCCAACGCCGCCACCCAGACCAAGCCCCUCCACGUCGGCAACGCGGCCCGGCACGGCCUGGAGGCCGCCCGCCUGGCCUUCCUCGGCCUCCGGGGAAACCCUCGCAUCUUGGACCUGCCCGCCGGUUUCGGGGCCUUCUACUCCGACUACGGCCCCGAGGCCCUGCCCGCUUUAGAGUCCUAUCCCUGGCUGCUGGACCGGCAGGACGUGGCCACCAAGCGCUUCCCCGCCCACCUGGGCACCCACUGGGUGGCCGACGCCGCCUCCGCCGUCGGGGAGAGCAUGGCGGCCGGGAAGGCCUCGCCUCCCGGCCCGGAGCAGAUCGAGAGGAUCGUCCUGCGGGUCCCGGACGUCCGGUACGUCGACCGGCCCUUCCCGGAGUCGGAGCACGAGGCCCGCCACUCCUUCCAGUUCGUGGCCUGCGCGGCCCUGUUGGACGGCGGCGUCUCCGUCCGCUCCUUCCACGGGGACCGGCGGGACAGGCCGCGGCUGAGGCGGCUGCUGGAGAGGGUGCGGCUGGAGCACCCUCCGGACAACCGGCCCAACUUCGACACCCUCUACUGCGAAGUCAGCGUGACCCUCCGGGGCGGGGAGACCUUCACCGAACGCUGCGACGCCUUCUACGGCCACUGGCGGAAGCCGCUGAGCCCCGGGGACCUGGAGGACAAGUUCAGGGUCAACGCUUCCACGGCGCUCUGCCCGGAGGCGGUGGAAGCCGUCGUCAAGGCGGUGGACGGGCUGGAAGCCCUGGACGACUGCUCCCUGUUAACCACGUGUUUGAAGGGGACCUCGUCCCCCAAGGAAGGCUCCAAGAUGCGCUCGGCCUAGGAAGGGCCCGGCAGUCAGAAGGACCCGGGUGCCAGUCCCGCCCCCGCCGCCUCUCCGCCGGGCGAGUCGCUUCACUUCUCGUGGCCCCGAUUCCCUCACCUGGGAAGUACGGAUUGAGACCGCGACCGCGGGACAGGGAGCGCGUGCAACCUGAUUGCUCCGUACCCACCCCGGGGCUUAGUACAGUGCCCGGUACCUAGUGAACGCUUAACGGAUGCCACGGAUGCUACCGUCGCGACGCGGCGGAGUCGGUGGACACGCUCCCCGCCCACAGUGAGCUCACGGUCCGGCGGGGAAGGCGGACGUUCAUGUAACUGUCAUUGUCACGGUACCUGUUAGGCGCUUAGCGUGCGCCGGAUAUUAUACUAGGCCCCGGGGUGGGCUCUCACGCUCCCCCUCGUUGCUCACCCACCCCGUGAAAGCAGUUGCAAUAAGAGACCCGCCUGACGCCCACCUGUUGGCCUGAACACCUAGCUGUCCGCCCACCCCCUGGGGUGCUCGAGGGAAGCGGGCGGGCUAGAGGGCGAGGGUAACCGAGGGCCAGUUGAGAGACGGAGAGGGGGUUCUUCAGACCGCAAGGUUACCGCGGGCAGAGAACGCGUCGGCUAAUUCUGGCGUAUCGUACUCUCCCGGGGGGUCCGGUACGGUGCCCUCCGCACAGCGAGCCCUCGAUAAAGACGACCGACGGGGGUAAAUCCCGCUCCAGCCGUGUGGCCGCGGGGAUCCGCGCCACGCCUUCCUCCUCCGUCUCUCCCCGCGGGCGUAACGCACGGGCUCGCCCGGCCCCACGGGGCCGCUAUCGCGUCGGACCCUCAAGAGUGCAGCACGAGAGGGAGACCGUCCCCCCAAGCCUAGCCCCGCCCUCCCCACUCAUCUUCCAACCUUUCACGCAGCCACCGACUGCCAAACCUGGCGUGGGUCACGGGUUCGACUCCCGGCUCUGCCACUCGUCGGCUGUGUGACCGUGGGCAGGUUACUUGACU